AUGGCCCAUAAGGAUGGAAACGAGUCAGACGGUGAUGAAUCUCGAGGUCAGAUGGUUCAACAUGAAUCAGCAUCAGCGGAGGAAGUAAGGAUGUUGAGACAACAAAUGGCUGACAUGUACCAGGCUUGGAUGAAUGGGCAAGCUCCACCAUCUUCAAUCCCUGGAUUCCCGGAUGUGACUAUGUCAAUUCCCAUUGAAACCCCGACAAGUGAACCACUUUUUCCUCCUGGAUUUGGUCCACAUGUUAACAUAUCCAACACUUAUGGAACUUCCACUGUGCGCCUUCCAAAUGCACCCCUCAGAAAUAACCCACUUUUCAUCCCCACUGUACAAACUACUACAAUCCCUCAACCAACAUUGGUACAGAAGUCCAAUAAUGAGCCUCCAUCUAAAGGUCACCACGAUCAAUAUUAUUCUCCGGAAUUGACCUUUAAAGUCCCAAACUCGUAUAACCCCUUUCAGCAGUAUAGUUCCCCCGUCGAGAUUGAGAAAAUUGCUAAGAUUGAGGGACAAGAAGAAAUGGCUAGAAAAAUGAAGAGUCUAGAGCAGAGUGUGAGGAAUAUGCAAGGAUUAGGAGGUCCAAAAAGCGUCUCAUACAGAGAUUUGUGUAUGUUCCCCAAUAUUCAUUUGCCCCUUGGGUUUAAGACUCCAAAGUUUGAGAAGUACGAUGGUCACGGUGACCCCGUAGCACACUUGAAGAAGUAUUGUAAUCAACUAAGAGGGGCAGGGAGUAAGGAAGAAUUACUCAUGGCAUAUUUUGGAGAAAGUCUAGUAGGAAUUGCCUCAGAAUGGUUCAUCGAUCAAAAUGUUUCUAAUUGGCCUACAUGGGAUGACAUGGCAGGAGAUUUUGUUCGACAAUUUCAGUAUAACAUUGAUAUUGUGCCUGAUCGCACUUCUCUCGCCAGUAUGAAGAAAAAGGCUACCGAGAGUUUUAGAGAAUAUGCUAUCAAGUGGAGGGAACAAGCUGCCAGGGUCAAACCGCCGAUGAAGGAGUCGGAAAUGAUUGAUGUUUUCCUCCAGGCACAAGAACCUGAUUACUUCCACUACUUGCUUUCCACAGUGGGAAAGACAUUCGCAGAAGCAAUUAAAGUUGGUGAAAUGGUUGAAAAUGGCAUCAAGUCCGGCAAAAUUGUGAGUCAGGUAGCACUCAAGGCUACCACCCAAGCAAUUCAAAAUGGGUCUGGUGGUUUUGGAAAUCGAAAAAAGAAAGAGGAAGGAUCCAUGAUGGCAUCAGGGUCCAGUGCUGCUCAAAGGGGGACAAACCACCAAAUCUUACGAGGACAAUCCAACUCACCUCAACAUUUUUAUCCACACCAGGAUCCCCACUACUCAAUUGCUCCACCCCAAUAUACGGUUUUCAACACCCAGGCAUAUGCCCGACCUCCUCAACGCCAACAAUGGAGGGCGUCUGCUCCACAAGGCUUUCGUCCCCAACAACAAAAUUUUCAAGCACCUUAUAAUCCACAUCCUAAGACUGAUUAUGUAAGAGAACAAAGACAAAGGGAAAAUUUCACCCCAAUUGGAGAAUCAUACACAAGCCUGUUGCGGAAAUUGAUACAAUUGGGUUUGAUUGAACCUAUCAUGUCGUAUAAUGUCAACCCAAAUGCAAGAGGUUUUGAACCCACUGUUAGGUGCGAGUAUCAUUCUAACGCUCAGGGUCAUAGCACAGAAAAUUGUUUUACUUUGAAGAGAGCCAUUGAGAAGCUAAUUGAUGACAAAGCAAUUGUGAUACAUGACGAAGAGGCUCCGAAUGUCACCAACAACCCACUUCCUGCUCACAACAAUGCUCAUGUUGUUGGGAUGAUCUGUGACGAUAAGGAAUACAAGCAAACAGGCAAAACAAUAAUGGAAAUUGACACCUUAAAAGAAAGGUUGGGUAUGGUAACAAAGUCUGCACAAGAAGCACCGUUGUUUGUAAAAGGUGCAAGUCCUAAUGCGAAUCUCAAAGGCUCGGGGAAGUUGAUAUUAUAUGUUCCUGGAGCCACAAAGAAAAAAGAGACAUUAGUAACUGGACCAAAAUUAUAUGUUCCUAGUGGUUUUCCCAGGUUUAGUCAAAACCAGAAUGGUUUAGAAAAGAUGACAAAACCAAUUGGCAAGGAGAUUGUUGAAGAAAUAGACGAAACCGGUGGCUUAACGCGUUCUGGAAGGUGUUAUGCUCCAGAAGAAUUAAGGAGAGCCAAACAAGCUAGGGAUAACCAAUUUCCGGUGAAAAAACCUAUCACUGAAGAAGAAGCUGAAGAGUUCAUGAAGAAGAUGAAAGUUCAGGAUUACUCUAUUGUUGAUCAGUUGAGAAAAACUCCUGCUCAGAUUUCAUUGCUAUCUUUGCUCAUACAUUCUAAAGAGCACUGUCAAGCAUUGAUUAAAAUUCUAAAUGAGGCACAUGUUUCAGACAAAACAACUGUAAGUCACUUGGAAAAGAUGGCCAAUAGAAUAUUUGAGGUGAAUAGAAUCACUUUCACCGACGAUGAGUUACCUGUGGAAGGAGCUGGACAUAAUAAGGCUUUGCAUUUAACUGUCAAAUGUGAAGAACAUUAUGUGGAAAGAGUCAUGAUUGAUGGAGGCUCGGGUGUGGACAUCUGCCCCCUCUCUACUUUGCAAAGUUUGAAAAUCAGCACAGAUAGAAUUCGUACUAACAAUGUGUGCGUUCGAGCUUUCGAUGGCGCAAAAAGAGACACUAUUGGUGAGAUUGAUCUUACUUUAAAAAUUGGACCUGUUGAUUUUGGGAUCACAUUCCAAGUUAUAGACAUGGACACUUCCUACAAUUUGCUUUUGGGAAGGCCAUGGAUCCAUGCAGCCAGAGCGGUGCCAUCUACUUUACAUCAAGUGGUCAAGUUUGAAUAUGAGAAGCAAGAAAUUAUUGUUCACGGUGAAGAUGAUCUUUCAAUAUAUAGAGACCCUUCUGUCCCAUAUGUCGAGGCCAAGGAAGGUUGUGAAUCCCUCGUAUUUCAGACCUUUGAAAUAGUGGCAGCUGAUCAGUUUAUGGAAGGGAAGCCUAUAUUAAAGCCUCAUCUAUCCUCUACUUCAGUCAUGGUGGCUACACAAAUGCUGCAAAACGGUUAUGAGCCAGGAAAGGGCUUGGGGGUGUCAUUGCAAGGAAUUGUUGACCCUAUCUCUCCAUUUGGUAAUCAAAAUACUUUUGGUUUGGGUUUUAAGCCAACUAAUGCUGAUAGGAAAUGGGCAAAAGAGCAGAAAAAUAAGGUUUGGAAAUUGCCAAAGCCCAUUCCCCACAUUUCCAAGUCUUUUACUAGGUCACGUCUUGAAGAGAAUAAGGAUAUGUCUGUCCAAGAUGACGUGGACGAAAUAUGUCAAGGUCUCAAAGAAAUGUUCUAUGGAGUAAACAUGGUUCAGAUUGGUGAAGGCCAUAGUCAUGCAGAUGUGCAACGUAUUGGCCCAGAAGUCAAGCUCGCCAACUGGGAAGCCACUCCUCUCCCCAUAAAGAAGGAGUCUUGUUUCAUUAACGCCGGCUUUAAUAACAUGACAUGCAUGCGGAAUUCACGUCCAGAUCUUAAAGAGCUGUCUAAUCUCGAAACAAUGAAUCAAGAGGUUGAUGAAUAUGAUGAAGAAGAGGCUUUUGAAGAAAUAAAAAGGGAACUGGAUCAAUUUGAGAAUAAGCCUAAGCCUAAUCUAAAUGAAACCGAGGCAAUUAAUUUGGGAACUUCUGAAGAAACUAGAGAAACAAAGAUAAGCAUUCAUGCCGAACAAAAGACCAGAGAUGACAUAAUCCAGGUUUUGUUUGAAUAUAAAGAUGUGUUUGCUUGGUCUUAUGAUGACAUGCCAGGUUUGAGCGUUGAUCUGGUAGUGCACAAACUUCCUACAUACCCUGACUUCCCACCAGUCCAACAAAAGCAAAGAAAAUUUAAGAAAGAGGUGAGUGAUAAGAUUAAAGAGGAAAUCAUGAAGCAAUUGAGUGCAAAUGUGAUCAGGGUCGUCCGAUUUACUACAUGGCUAGCAAAUGUUGUGCCCAUACCAAAGAAGGAUGAGAAAACCAGAGUUUGUGUUGACUAUAGAGACUUGAACAAAGUCAGUCCAAAGGACAACUUUCCUUUGCCUAACAUCCACAUUCUUGUUGACAAUUGUGCAAAACACGAGAUUCAAUCUUUUGUGGAUUGUUAUGCUGGGUAUCACCAAAUUUUGAUGGAUGAAAAGGAUGCAGAAAAGACCGCCUUCACCACCCCAUGGGGUACUUAUUGUUACAGGGUUAUGCCAUUUGGUUUGAAGAACGCAGGGGAAACUUACAUGAGAGCUAUGACUACUAUCUUACACGACAUGAUGCAUAAAGAAAUCGAAGUGUACGUCGAUGAUGUGAUCAUUAAGUCCAAAACUCAAGCUGAUCAUGUGCGUGAUCUAAGAAAGUUCUUUGAAAGAUUGCGCAAGUACAACCUCAAGCUCAAUCCAGCCAAGUGUGCAUUUGGAGUUCCAUCUGGGAAACUUCUUGGGUUUAUAGUUAGUCGGCGAGGAAUUGAAUUAGACCCCUCCAAGAUAAAGGCCAUUCAGGAAUUACCGCCCCCGAAGAACAAAACUGAAGUCAUGAGUCUUCUUGGUAGGUUGAACUACAUCAGUAGGUUCAUCGCUCAGCUCACCACUACAUGUGAGCCCAUAUUCAAGCUGUUGAAGAAGGAUGCCGCUGUCAAGUGGACAGACGAGUGUCAAGAGGCUUUUGAUAAGAUUAAGGAAUAUUUAUCUAACCCUCCAGUGCUUGUUCCACCAGAACCGGGUAGGCCUUUGUUUUUAUAUCUAUCAGUGAUGGAUAAUUCCUUUGGUUGCGUUCUAGGACAACAUGAUGCCACAGGCAAGAAGGAACAAGCGAUCUAUUAUUUGAGCAAGAAGUUUACAAGCUACGAGUUUGACAUUGUCUAUGUCACCCGCACCGCUAUAAAAGCACAAGCAUUGGCCGAUCAUUUGGCAGAAAACCCAGUUGACGAUGAGUAUGAGCCUUUGAAUACUUACUUUCCUGACGAAGAGAUCAAUUCAGUUGAGGAAGAAGUUCGCGAUGACAGUCAUGUCUGGAAAUUAUACUUUGAUGGAGCGGUCAACAUUAAAGGUGUCGGGAUUGGGGCAAUUCUUAUUUCACCAAUGGGGCAUCAUUAUCCCGCCACGGCACGACUUCGUUUCUUCUGUACUAAUAAUACAGCGGAAUAUGAAGCUUGCAUAAUGGGUUUAAACAUGGCAAUACAUCUGGAUGCACAUGAAUUAAUAGUUUUUGGAGAUUCUGACUUACUCAUUCGGCAGGCUCAGGGUGAAUGGGAAACUCGAGACAUCAAGCUCAUUCCGUACAAACGAUGUUUGGAGGACCUUAGCAAAAGGUUUAAGUCAAUUGAGUUCAGAUAUAUUCCCAGAUUUCACAAUGAGUUGGCUGAUGCUUUGGCCACUUUAGCCUCAAUGCUUCCAUACCCAGGCAAUGCUUACAUUAAUCCGUUAGAGAUUCAGAUUAGGGAUCAACAUGGUUAUUGCAAUACAAUUGAAGUAGAGCCAGAUGGUGAGCCAUGGUAUCACGAUAUCAAAAGAUUCCUAAAAACACAACAGUAUCCAAUACAUGCCGAUAGAGAUAAAAAAAGAACUAUUAGGCGACUUUCCAAUGGUUUCUUUCUGAGUGGGGAGAUCUUAUACAAAAGGACCCCGGAUUUGAAUCUGUUGAGAUGUGUGGAUACCCAAGAAGCUGAAAUGAUCAUGAAUGAAGUGCACUCCGGAGUAUGUGGCCCGCACAUGAACGGUUAUGUUCUAGCAAAGAAGAUUCUUCGAGCAGGAUACUAUUGGCUUACCAUGGAGCGAGAUUGUUUUCGCUUUGUUCGCAAGUGUCAUCAAUGUCAAAUUCACAGUGACAAAAUUCAUUCUCCCCCGUCGGAGUUGCACCCUAUGUCUGCUCCUUGGCCUUUCAUAGCUUGGGGGAUAGAUGUUAUUGGGCCAAUUGAGCCAAAAGCUUCUAAUGGGCACAGAUUCAUUUUAGUUGCCAUUGACUACUUCACCAAAUGGGUAGAAGCUGUUACGUUCAAAUCAGUCACCAAGAAAGCGAUGGUAGACUUUAUUCACUCUAACAUCAUAUGUCGUUUUGGUAUACCAAAGACCAUUAUCACAGACAAUGCGGCCAACUUUAAUAGUCAUCUCAUGAAGGAGGUAUGUGAGCAAUUUAAAAUUGUGCAUCACAACUCUACCCCUUAUCGACCCAAAGCCAAUGGAGCUGUUGAAGCUGCAAACAAAAACAUCAAGAAGAUCCUCAGGAAGAUGGUACAAGGAUCCAGGCAAUGGCAAGAGAAAUUGCCUUUUGCUCUUUUAGGGUACCGCACGACAAUCCGCACGUCUGUUGGCGCAACUCCUUACUUAUUGGUUUAUGGAACUGAGGCAGUCAUACCAGCAGAAGUAAAGAUCCCCUCUCUUCGAAUCAUUGUUGAAGCAGAGAUUGAUGACACUGAAUGGGUCAAGUCUAGACUAGAACAAUUAUCGUUAAUCGAUGAAAAGCGGUUAACAACAGUUUGUUUUGGCCAGUUAUACCAGCAAAGGAUGGCUCACGCUUACAACAAUAAGGUGCAUCCAAGACGUUUUGAGGUGGGCCAACUUGUUAUGAAACGCAUCCUUCCGCACCAAGAAGAAGCGAGGGGAAAAUUCGCCCCAAAUUGGCAGGGCCCUUAUGUUAUCAAACAGGUGUUGUCAAAGGGAGCUUUGCAGUUGUCCGAUAUAGAGGGAAAGGUGACUGACAUAGCCAUUAACACAGACUCAAUCAAAAGAUAUUAUGUUUGA